CGCGGUCACACUGAGCUCUAGCCCAUUGACGGCUUUGUUAUUGUUUAUGUUUUUGGCUGAAAAAUGGCCACGAAGCUAAAUGUGAACAUCCGCGUAAUGCUGAACAACUGCGAGGAGCUGGCCAAGAACGAGGCUAACUUCUGGCGCUUGCAGAAGUUCAUCAAAGCGCUGGACAUAAUGGUCGCCGAGCUGCAAGCCAUGGACGACUCACGGAGUGCGCGCAGGAUCUCCGGAUACAAAGAGCGCCUCCAGGCCCUCAAGCUGACCACCGGCUACACGGAAAGUACGAAAAUCCAAACGAACGAGGUCGAGGCUGCGGAAGUAUCCCUGAAGGAGAUGCAGCAGAUCGAGAGCACGAAGAACUACAACCACAUGCGAAAGGAUCUACUGGAGGUAGAUGGCGAUGCCCUACGGCGACGACGUGGCGUUGCCGAGGACGCGAGCGGCAGUGGCAGUCCCAGCGGCAGCUCCAAUAGUCCGGCCACCGAAGGCAACAACUUGAACGAGGCUGUCAAGUAUUACAAUCAGAAGCAGGAGAAAAUCACAGAGCACAUGCUCUCGCUGACGCGCAACCUCAAGGAACAGACGAUGACGGCCAAUCGCAUUAUAAAACGUGACACCGAAUUGGUGACCAAAUCCUCUGGCAUGGCAGAUCGCAACAUCAAUUCGCUCAGCAAGGAGGUCGAGACCCUAGAGCAGCACUCGCGCAGUGCCUACAAAUGCUGGGCCUGGAUGCUGUUUGUCUUUGUGUUCUGUACAUUUGUAGGCAUGGUGUUUUUCAUGAAAAUCAUGAAGAAAAAGAAAACGUAGACUACAGUCUCCAAAUAAACCUAAAGUCUCAAGAAGCUUCAUGUCUUUCUAUAUAUCAAUCCGAAAAAAGCUUUAGUUCAUUCUGUUCCCCGAGCUCUUCAAGAGUUCAAAAGGUUAUCCAAAGCUCAGCAAAUGUUACCCCCAAAUGGUUUAACAAGACAAUCAUUAAACGAUCGAAAGCCGCCAA